UGACGUGCCAUCAAAGCAUCAGUCUAUUGCUGACCGUUGUAAGAGAAUAUCAAAUAGAAAUUUUUUUUAUUUUAAUCCUUAAAAGAGGAAUAUAGUUGAAAAUAAAUAAACAUCUUUCGUAUCUGCAAACAAAAGAGUUCUUGUAUAUUUUGAAAUAUUAAAAAUCUUUCAUUUAAAAAAAAUAUUUUUUUGCCAUUUUUAUAUUUCAAUAAAAAUUCAUAUCUACAAACUAAAUAAAUUCAAAAAAUGAUGUGCAUAAUGAUGCUGAUGAUGAUGAUGAUACUUGGUUUGUCGUCAAGUAUAAAUGCAAGUGUUCUUGUUGCUGAUAAUACAAUGUCAAGAAUGGUUGAAUUAAAUGCUGAUGCACCAUUUUGUUCAUUGUACACUGAUCGUGGUGUUAUACAAAGAAUGAUAUUAAGUACUGAUCCAAAAAAAGUCAGACAAAUGUCAGCAAAUCUUGUUGCUGAUCUGGAAGAGACAUGCAAAGAAUUGAACAAAGGAAAGAAUCAAACACCAGGUGGUGGACUUAUUUAUCCAGGUACAAAAUGGUGUGGACCUGGUACAACAGCUCAGUCAUAUGAUGAUCUUGGACCAGAACAUAGAAAUGAAGAUUAUUGUUGUCGUGAACAUGAUCAUUGUCAAAAUGUCAUUAAUCCAGAUCAGUGUAUUCAUGGUAUAUGCAAUAAUUCACCAUUUACAAGAUCACACUGUGAUUGUGAUGCUAAAUUUCGUAGAUGUUUACAAAAUUUAAAUACAGAAGUUGCUAAUACACUUGGAGCAUUAUUUUUCAAUGUCAUACAAGUUAUUUGUUUCAAGGAGAGACGUCCAUGUUCACAGUGGCAAAAAAUUGGAUAUGGUGAAGAUGAGUCAAAUCAUCUGUGUUCUAUGUACAAGUUUCGACCAAGCGAAAAAUACGUUCCAUUGAUGCCGCUUAAUUUGAACAUGUGAAUUCGAAAGCAACAAAAAAAUGGAUAUGAUUAAUUUUAAUUUAAUUCCAUUGCUGGAAUUCAAGUAUAAAAUUUGAAUUAUUAUUGACAAUUAUUUUUAUUUUAAUUCACAUUUUGAAUCAAAUAUAAAAAUUUAAUUUUCAAAACUAGAAUUUAUUUUUUUUAUAACGAAAAAAAAAAAACUAAAAUUCAUACAAACUUAAUUAUUAUUUUUAAUUAAUAUAACCAAGUAUCUAAUUCAAAAUAAUUUAUAAAUAAUAUUAAUAUAACUAGCAUGGAAAAAGUAAAAUGUGAUAUAGAAAAAAAAAAAAUCAACUAAAAUAAGAUUUGGUUUGAAAAAAAAAAUCUACCAUGACAAAUUAAUUAAAUCAAAACAAAUAAUAUAUUUUUAAUAAUUAUAAUAACAAUAAUAAUAUAAUAAAAAAAUAAACUGUAAAUUGAUAAAAAAAAUUAAUCAAUAUUUUAUCAAAAAAAAAAAAUCAAUUAAAAUUUCAGGGAGCAAAUAAUAUUAAGUUGAUUAAUUAAUAGUAUUUAAAGCACUCUUAAAAAUAUUUUAUUUUUAUGAUAAUAAUAAAUAUAGCUGAAUUAUUUAUAAGACGAAAUAAAAUAAUUUCAAUAUUUAACAAUUUAAAUAGUCUAAAAAAAUUAACUAGCA